GCUCUGGUGUCUCUUCCCUUGCCAGCAAGUCUGCUUCCUCCAUCUGCUUCGUCGCAGCCUGCUCCACUCCCUCUCUCAUAACUCAUUCUUCCUCCGCCUGCAACUCCUUUAACCUGAUCCAUUCUUCUAGUCUUCUUGCUCAUGGAUAACCACGAUCAUAGACGAAUUCCCACUCCAGGGCACGAGAGUCAUGGAGUCCAUUUAUGUCACAAAUGUGGAUGGCCCUUCCCAAAUCCGCAUCCAAGUGCCAAACACCGGCGUGCUCACAAGAGGAUCUGUGGAACUAUUGAAGGUUACAAACUGUUCGACUCAGAGGGGCAUCCCCAUUCCAACGCUUCAGAUGAUUCUGACGAUGAUCACAAGACGCCAAGUCCAAAACCCGCCAUGGAAAUGAAUAAAAAUGAGAAGGGUGGUGGUGGGAUCGGAGAAAAAAUAAAGAGAUCAGAAGAUGAGGUGUUUUCAGAUGCUGUUACAGACUUUUCAGAUGGUGGAUUAAGUUCGGAUUCAACGAUUCAUGCAGAAAAGUUUAACAGGAACGAUCCAAAACUUUCAGAGCUAUCUGAAAAUAAAACUUUUGAUGCUGCAAGUGGGAGCCAGUUAAUUGUCGAGUCGAGCGAGGACCUCCAAAUGCAAAACCCUGAAGCUUUGAAAAGUGAAGAGGUUGAGGCAGGAAAAACAUCAGAGUUGCCAGGUCAACCAUUGGGCUUUAUUGUGGAGCCAUCAUCAUUUUCUGAUUCAGAUUUGAAGACAGAGGCAUCAACUGUUGUGCAUAGUGAUGAUUCCUUAAGUGUUCCAAGUAACUCACAUCACAACAAAGCUGAAGCCACGUCAGAUGUAAUUCCAGAAAUGGGUAAACAUGUGACAGAUAGCUAUUUGACUUCUGUUGCAGAGACUAAUUCGAAAGGAAUGGGCGAGAUUGAAUCAGACAGAGAUGUGGUUGAGAUUGCAAAAUCUUCCAGUAAUGUUGUAGAUGAAAUAUGUGAGAAAUCUUCUAAAAUAGAGGUUAGUGAUGAGGUAACUGCAAGCGGUGAAAUGGCUGAUGGAGCUGCUGCACUUGACCACAAAUACAAUGCCACUUUAUCUUCUGUGGUGCCUCAAGACAAUGUUCUUCCUUCUGAUUCUGUUACUGACUCAAAUGCUUCUACUAAUGUUGUUCAGAUGGAGUCGACUCAUAUGCUACAGUUUGCUUCCUCUAGUGAUCCAGUCAAUGCUUUUCAGGAAAAGAGAGAAGGAGGUAUUAAUGUCUUUACACUGUCUGAUCCUGAUUUAACUCAUUCUCAGAGUGAGUUUGAAAAUUGUAAGGGUCUGGAUGGUGGAAUGGUCGUACAAAGUACUUUAAGCGCACACUCAUCUGAAUCACUAAAGCAUGGGGAGGAUGACUUAAAGGAAAUUUUGUCUGUGACUGAGGAGUGCCAUUCCAAUUCCAAAUCAAACCAACUGACUGAAGAAAAAGAGGUUCUCUCUCCUGAUAUGCAUGUUAUGGAUGAUAGCAUUAAGCAGGGUGGUAUUAACAGCGAGCCCAUGGUUGAAGUGACCGCCCAAGAGCAUGCUGGAGUUUCUCCUGUCAUGGACUUUGUUGAUGGUGAUCAAAGAUUAAUAGAAAUGGGAGCCUCUGGGGAUUCUAUGAAGUCUGAGAUUAGUAAGACUUAUACUGUCGGCUCUUCUGAAGAACUGGGGUCUGAUGAUGUUGGUAAAAACUUACAGUUCAGAAAUUUGUUGGAAGGUAGUGUUAUUGCCCCAUCUGAUGAUUUUGAAGAUUUUAAAGAUUGCGAGGAAGAAGUUUCACAAAAAUCUUUCAACAAUCUACACUCAACUGAAGCAUUUAAAGUUAAGGAAGAUGGCUUGAAGGAUGCUAUUAGUGAGGAAAAUCAUUCUGGUUUCAAGCCAAGCCAACUGAGUGAAGAAAGUGAGAUUGUUUCUCCAGAUGUGCAUCUUUCAGAUGAUAUCACCAAGCAGGAGCAGGCCUGCUCUGAGCCUCAGGUUGAAAAUGCACUUGCUGAAGAACCAGCUGUAGUUUAUCCACUCGCACUGACAGCUGAAAGUAAACAAGAAUUAGAUGAAGUUAGAGCAUUUAUGAAUAAUCCUGUGAACACUGAGAAGAAUGAGAGCCAUGCAUCUGACUUCUCUGUAGAACAGAAGAUCGAUGACGCUAGUAAAACUUCACAAGAGAGAAGUUUUCCAGAACAUGGUGUCCGGGCCUCAUCUGAAGAGAAUCUCAGAAAUAUAUCAAUUGACUCCUCACUGGGUCAAACUAGUGUAGUUAACAGAGAUGGGACAAGCCACUGCGAGGAAAAGAGAAAUUAUUUAGAUGGUGCAGUCUUAGACAGCAAAUGCAAAGGAGGUGACGAGGAAAGUGAUAUUGGAAUCAAGGUGGGAACUAUUCAACCUAGUGACCUCCUCCUGCAGUUGGAAGGCAAGACAUCAAGUGAUUUAUUUAAGAGUGAUGAGACCAGUGAAACUGGUAAAACAGAGAAAUUCGAUAAAAAUAAUACUCAGGGUUUGGGAGACUCCCUUGUGGAAGAUACCUUGUCACCCACUUCUGGCAGCACCCUUUUUGAAUGCCGAAUUGUUUCAGAAGAUGUCAUGUAUGGGCGAGCAAAGAAACCAACAAGUGUGGACAGCACAGAUAUAGAUGCAGUAUUAGGUAUUAAGGAAGGCUCCCAAGGAGAUGAAAUCAUUAACAACAGCAAAGUACAGGAAGAAUGUAAUACAGUAAGUGGUACUUAUUCUACUUCACCUCAAGCACAGGGUGCAGAGCCAUCGAAGACUGUAGAAAAACAUGCCAGGGAACUUCCCCCACAUUCUCAUUUGGAUGCUGACCAGUCUGCUCAAUCUGCUGUUGAAGAUAAUACAGCUGUUGAGCACAGUGGGGGAGCUUCUGGAACUAGUGUUGUGACUGCUUCUGAUCGAAAUGGUAAUAGUUUGGCUAAAUUUGGUUCAUCUGUAAUUGAUGCUUCAGUUGACUCCAGUAGUCGCUGUGACAGUUUGGAAGGAAACUGGGGCUCUGUUUCAGUUCUCUCUGUCCAAUCUGACGCACCGGCUGUUAUGGAAGGUGAAACUUUGCCAUCAGCAGAAGCAGGGAAAUCCAACUCGAACAGUUCCAAAGCUGCAACUCAGGGAACCCUGUCUGAGAAACCAGAUAUGUUUGAACCACCAUCUUUCAUGACUUUGGUCCAGCAUGAUCACGCGGGUCCAAAAGCUGCUGAUUCAGAAGGCCAGAAGGGACAUAACCCACAACAACCAAAUCCGUCGUCUUCUCAGGCUGCUUGGUUUCCCACCUUAACUCAAGUUGUUAAUGAUUCUCAAGGGAGAAAGAAGAAUGAAGAGAUUAUAGCCAAGGUAACAAACUGGAGCACCAGUAAACAGAGCAGCACACCUUUGAAGAGCCUCCUUGGCGAGGCUGCCAAUAGCAACAAGCCUAAGUCUCCAAAGUUGGAAGAAAAUCCAGUGUCUUCUAAAAAUGGUAAAGCUGCAACAGAUAAUGGCUCUGGAUUGACAACUGUUAACAACAUUCUUGGCCCCGAGUCCCCUGCUGCACAGGCUGUGAGAGACGAGGCUGGAAAAGAAUGGAACUCCCCAGCAAGAUAUCCUGCAGGCAUCAAGAGAGAAAAGAGGAAAGUCAAGAGCAGACCAUACUGGGUACAGUUCGUAUGCUGCUCUUCUGUUGAUCCUCGGUGAAUGUGAAAUGGAAGAUUGUUAUAGUUGGAGAAAUUAUCCUUAUUCUCUCCACUCGGAUGAUAUGAUCCAGCUUAGGAGUUCUGGUCACUCAUGUGCUGUUUGUGGCAUUAUAGUUGGUUUUAAGUAAGGUUCACUUUAAAUUUAAGGUACAUAUUUUGGUCCAUGUAUCUAGGUCUUCCUAGCCUCCUAGCUUGUAUAUUUGUGGAUCCACAGUCAUAUUUUUCUGCUUCGGAACUUUAAAACAUGUCAUAUCGUGGUUUGGUUCACUUUACCAGCUGCCUCAAUUUGAUGGUAUGGAUGAUUCUGUUUUGCCC